GUUGUCAGACAUCGACGUCGAAGAGCAUUCCAGUCCGCACCUGAGACUGAUCGAGAUCGAAAGGAAGGGCAGCCAGUGCGGGUUCAAUUUGACCAGGGGCAGAUGGGACCCGUACCCGUGGGUAAGCCGAGUGGCCGAGGGGACGGCAGCGGCGGCGGCCGGCCUGGCGGUCGGCGACUGCGUCAUCGAGGUGAACGGGAAGGACGUGGUGGGCAGAAGGAUAUCGGAGAUAGCGGAGAUGGCGCGGUCGGGGGCCGAGCCGGACCACGUGUCGCUCCUGCUCUGGAACGCUGGAGUGGAUGUGCACUGCACGCCCGAGUCACUCUGCUGUGGCCCACUUCCCCAAAAUUUGCAAAGACUGUCAGCCUGCAUGUCGACAAUCCUGGCGUUUCUGGAAUGCCCUGUAUGUUUGGACACUAUCACCCCUCCCACCUACCAGUGCGAUAAUGGCCAUUUGAUUUGCAUUAGAUGCAGAUCGAAAUCUGAGAGAUGUCCAGUAUGUAGACUGAGAUUACAAAGAGGAAGAUCUCUCAUUUCGGACCAGAUAUACAACGCUGUGGUGGACGCCUUCGAUUUGAAAGAUGAUUCCGAAGAGCUGAGAGCCACUAAGAUUCAGCAUGUUUUCAAGAAUAGGAACAAAAAACAGAGUAUUCCCGAUAUAAAAGUCACCCAGUCUUACACCAAUAAACUCAUUGCCAAAAUUACUGGAAAAUCAUCAUCAGUAGAUAACCUUUCGUCCAACAACAUGAAGCUAUUGACGCCUAAUAAUGUGCCUGACGAAAAUGGGUUCACAAAUGGACAGUUGAGAAGCAAAUCAUUAUCCACCAAUGAAAUUUUUUUCAACGAGAGCCCAAUUGUUUCACGAAGCGGGUCCAUGAAUCGACUGAAUAGAAAAGAAUUGAAUGCAUUGAAUGUUAAUAAAGAUUACGUAUUGAAGCCAGCUUCUUAUCACGGUUCUCUAGAUUCUUUGGACGUUUCUACAAACCAAGAUUGUUCGACGUCUAUAGAUGAAGCCGAACUGUACCAUUGCCCAUUCUCAAGUGACUGUUCACAUCUAAUAAAAGGUAGUGAUAUUUUUGAGCACUUCAAAAUCAUCCAUAACCACAGUGGACCUUUGAUUCAAUAUUUCACUUCAGACAUCAGCAUAAAUCUCAAAGAACUAGAUGGCAUUCGAGAUACAUGUUACGUAAUUUCAAGCAAUAAAGAUAUAUUCUUCUUCAAAAUCAGUAAACACAUCAUUGAAGAUCAAAAUACGGUUUGGUCCGAUAUUUUACUUUGGGUUUGGUACCUGGGAGACAAAAAAUCUUCUAGAGAAUACGAACUUCAAGCUGAAAUAAAAAAUAGCCUUGAUAAAGAUCUACUGUUCAGUGUGAGGAGUUCAGUAUUUUCUUUGGCUACGUCUUCAUUACGAGACAUCGAAGAGUCUAAGAGAGGGAUAUUUCUGAGUUCGAAGACCUUGGAAGCACUAGGACAUCCUUUGAAGCAGCUAUUACUCAAUAUCAAAAUUAUAAAAAUCAGUAUUUGAAAUAAAUUUUUCUAUUGAAUCUUGUUCAUUGCCAUCAUAAUAAUCAAUAUAUGAACCCACUGUGCUAUUCAUAAAUCCUGAAUUGAUCAAAAGGUUACAUAAACAACAAUAAUA